UAUGGUGUCCCUCGAAUUGAGUGUAUUGACCUUAAACGUGUGGGGUAUACCUUUUGUCUCCGCCGAUCGUGCUGAACGUAUGCAACAUAUUGGCAAAGAAUUGAGCAGCGGCAAAUAUGAUAUUGUAUCACUGCAGGAGGUAUGGACGGAAAAGGAUAGCAUGCUCUUACAGGAAUUAACAAAAGCAAUAUUGCCUUAUGCUCAUUAUUUUUAUAGUGGUGUUAUUGGUGCUGGUCUAUUGGUCUUAUCAAAAUAUCCCAUAGUUAGUACACUUUUCCAUUCAUGGACCGUGAAUGGUUAUUGCCAUCGCAUUCAACAUGCCGAUUGGUUUGGCGGCAAGGGUGUUGGCAUGUGCAGAAUACGUGUCGGCGAUCGUUAUGUACAUUUGUAUAAUGCUCAU